CACAAGUCAGUAGUGAAUAGAUAGCAAAUACCGUGGAAAACAGCAUUGAAUGGCAUUGAAUGACAUGUUUUGUGACGUUCAGAGCAAUUCUCAAUAGGAUUUCGCAAACUUUUUGAUGAACAGAAAGUUGUGUCGAAACUCAUGUCUCGUUGAAAGAGAAACAAAACUUUUGGUUCAAAGCAUUCACGCAUUAAAUGCAUUAUUAUUUGCAAUUUGUGUCAAUAAAUCAUAUGAUUGAGUGUAACGCGUGAUGGCAUUUUGCGGCAAACUUUGUUGGAGAAGAAGUUAUUUAAAUAUUUUCAAUUCACGCAAACUCUUGGUUCCAAAGAGUGUCAUCUCCAGUCGAAACCUCUUCCAAGUUAACCAUCGACGACAUGACAGGAGACCAGAUGUGACACACAUUCACAAGAGUUGGUUGCAUUUGAGUUACAACCGAUUGGCACCAGAAGUGGUUCCCUUCCUCUUGUCAGACAUCGGUGAAGGUAUCGGUGAAGUGACUGUCAAGGAGUGGUACGUCAAGGUUGGCGAUAAUGUCCGUCAAUUUGAUAGCAUAUGCGAAGUGCAGAGCGAUAAGGCGUCCGUCACUAUCACCAGUCGAUACGAUGGUGUCAUUCGGCACAUCCAUUACGAAAUCGAUGGCAUCGCCAAAGUUGGCAAACCUUUGGUUGACAUUGAGAUCGUCUCCACUAAUGAGGAACAAAUGGACGCCGUUUUGGAUGAAGAAUCGGACAAAUCGUCAAACAUUUCGCUGUCGGCCGCAGACGACAAUAAAUCCUUUGAAUCGACCGCCAAAGUGCUGACCACUCCUGCCGUCAGAAGACUUGCAAACGAACACAACAUUAGACUCACAGACAUAUCGGGCACCGGAAGGGACGGAAGGAUUCUCAAAGAGGAUGUCUUGACUUACAUCGAGAACAGCAGCAAAACAAGUGUUGUGUCCACAGAUAAAAGUGUUGCCAAAUCCGUUGACGCCGAUUCAGACAAAUCCAAAACUCAACCGAAACCGACAUUUAAAGUUCAGGAAGAAGCGUCGACUGUGAGCGACAAAACGGAACCGAUUAAAGGCAUUAAGAAAGCGAUGACUAAGACUAUGACUCAAUCCUUAAACAUCCCGCACAUGGGUUUGGGCGACGAAAUAGAUGUCUCACAAUUGGUUGAAUUGCGGGCAAAACUGAAGAAUUUGUUCAAAGAUAGGAAUAUAACGCUGUCUUAUAUGCCAUUCUUCCUUAAGGCCGCGUCCAUGGCUUUACUCGAGUACCCAAUUCUCAACUCUUCAGUCGACGACAAGUGCGAAAACAUCACAUAUAAGGCCUCCCAUAAUAUCGGGGUAGCGAUGGACACAAAACAAGGUCUUUUGGUGCCAAACAUCAAGAAUGUCCAGAAUCUGACUAUUCUAGAGAUCGCCGAAGAGUUGAAUCGUUUACAGGAAAUCGGAGCCAAGAAUCUCUUGAGUAGCGAAGACAUGUCUAACGGAACGUUCACUCUCUCUAAUAUAGGAUCCAUCGGAGGCCUCUUUGGAAUACCUGUGAUAUUACCUCCAGAAGUGGCGAUCGGAGCCCUGGGAGGCAUUAAAGCGGUUCCCAAGUUUGGCAGCGAUGACAAAACGAUAGUAAAAGCGCACACAUUGACAGUGGUCUGGAGGGCUGACCAUCGGGUAAUCGACGGCGCGACCAUUUGUCGAUUCUCUUCGCUUUGGAAACAAUAUUUAGAAACGCCUUCUUCCAUGUUAUUGCAAUUGAAAUGA